AUGGAGUCCUCUCAAGCUUCCCAAGUCGAUGAUAUCACUUGGCAUAUCUAUGUGGGAACUAUCACUACUGUUGUGCCUGCAACUGUUGCGGUUCUUUUGAGAUUCGCUGCACGCCGCGUUUCUAGAGCCGGGCUAUGGUGGGAUGAUUAUACCAUUGCUAUAGCUCUGGUCAUCAACUGGGUUAUGGCAGCUCUGAGAUGGGCACAGAUUCUCCUUAAUUAUUAUGGUCCCAAUUGCAAUGCUCUUUCACCAGGAAAUGUCCAAGCAUUUGGAAAGACCUUUCUCGCCAUUCAAUUAGUAUACUUCCUCAAUGCCGUUUUCACGAAGGCAUCGCUUCUCCUGCUAUAUUAUCGCAUCUUCGGCGUUGUUAGAGGAUUUCGAUGGGCUCUCUGGGUGUCUGGAUUCCUAGUGGUCGCUUAUUGGAUUGCGUGCACUCUUGUUACUAUUUUUGAGUGCUGGCCAAUACCCAAACUCUGGAAUCCCAAUCUACCAGGGAAAUGUAUCAAUAUUGGAGCAUUUGGACGCUGGAGUGGUCUCGCAAAUGUUAUCAUCGAUAUCUUGAUACUUUGUCUUCCUUAUCCCAUGGCUUGGCGAUUACAGGUGACAUUGAGACAAAAACUAAUACUGACGGGUAUUUUUCUUCUGGGAACAUUUGUCUGUAUUGUAUCAGUUCUUCGAGUAACAAGUUUCGACUACGAUAAUCUAGGAGACGGUUCGUGUAAGAGCAUCGAACCGGCAACUUGGUCAUCGAUUGAACAGUCAGUUGGCAUCAUAUGUGCCUGUCUGCCGACUCUGAGACCAUUUUUCCGAUGGCUAUAUGACAGCUCAAAAAAUACCACAAGAAAAAGAGACAGUGCCCUAUCUGGUUGCUCAAAGCAAACACCCCUUGCUUGUCGGGGCUCCCAGGCGGACGAGGAAAAUGGGCUUGGAGUCCUUCAAUGA